CCUGUGCCGGCCGCCGUCGGCCGUCUCCCGGGGUGACGGGCUCGGUGCGGCGUCCCUGCGGCCGCGGAGCAGCGCCUCACCGGGAGCGGCCCCUCACCGGGAGCGGCCCCUCACCGGGAGCGGCCCCUCACCGGGAGCGGCCCAGCGCAGCCCGGAGCUGACGCCGGUCCCCGCCGGCUGCCGCCGCCGUGGCGGAGCGCUCCGGGCCGCGCGCAGCCGUUGAGCUGCGGGGCCUCGGCGGAGGCAGCGGAGUGACAAGAAAGACCUUGGCUCUGAAGUCCUCUGCCAGUUGAGUUGCUCUGGCCUGCCCACAUCAUUCCUGCAGCUUUGGUGGCUCUGGAUGGCUGGUGAAGAGGGAUGUUCAAUCUAAUGGCCAAUUGCUGCAACUGGUUGAAACGGUGGAGGGAACCUGUCAGGUAAACUACCAUGGAGAUGAGUGGAAGUGAAAAUGCAGGGAAAUCUUCCUGUAAGAAAAAUGUGAUCAGAAACAUUUAACAAGGAGAGUCUCCUGAAGAUGUGGCUCCCACAGUUGGGUUUUCCAAAAUUAAUCUUAAACAGGGACGCUUUGAAGUCACCAUCUUUGAUUUAGGAGGUGGAAAACGAAUCCGGAAUAUCUGGAGGAAUUACUAUGCUGAGUCCUACGGUGUCAUAUUUGUGGUGGAUUCCAGUGACAUUGAAAGAAUGGAAGAAACAAAACAAGCCAUGAUAGAAGUGUUAAAAAGCCCUAAGAUAUCAGGAAAACCUGUGUUAGUGCUGGCAAAUAAGCAGGACAGAGAAGGAGCUCUGUCAGAGGCAGAUGUAAUCGAGUCCUUAUCUCUGGAAAGGCUGGUUAAUGAACACAAGUGUCUCUGUCAAAUUGAGCCUUGCUCAGCCAUCAUGGGCUGUGGGAAAAAAAUUGACAAAUCAAUCAAAAAGGGAUUAUUUUGGCUUCUCCAUAUCAUAGCAAAAGAUUUUGAUGCCUUAAGUGAGCGCAUCCAGAGAGACACAACAGAGCAAAAAGCACUUGAGGAGCAGAAGAAACUGGAACGGGCUGAGCGAGUCAGGAGGAUACGGGAGCAGAGGGAAAAAGAAGAAGGAAAUGCACCUGAGGAGGAAGAGCCUGAGCCUGGGAAAUGUGAAAACCCCUUCCAGCCUAUAGCUGCUGUAAUCUCUGAGAAUGAAAAACAGCUGGAAAAGGAAAAGAAGAGACAAAAGUUGGAGACUGAAAAGGCUACAAUUGCCUUGAAAUCCCAAGCAGAGCAGGACCACUUAUCAAGUAGCAGUAGCCAAAACACAAAUGACAGCAGGCAGGAAAGGUGCAACUCUACAACUGCCCAGCUUUUGCAGCAUGCAGAAGAGAGUGACCAACAAGCCUCAGAAUGCCUUGACUCAGAUAACAACAAGAAAAAAAGUAAAAAACCCAAAUUAAAAAGGGGCCACAGAGUAGAACCUGUUAAUACAGAGGAAUCUCUUCCCAAGAAUCCUACACCACCAGCAGCCCUUCCACCAGUUGGAUGGGGAACUCCCAAACUUAAUAGACUUGGAAAACUUGAGCCUCUUGGUGAAACACAUCAUCCUGAUUUCUAUGGAAAGCCUCUGCCCCCGCUGACUCUACGCCAAAGACCCAACAGUGAUACCCAUGAUGUCAUUGCUUAACUGGAGCACAAAGAGAAUUUUAAAAAACAUAAAUUAAGAAUCCUAUCUUUUUUUUUUUUUUUUACCCUUGAAGGAAAAUUUUUUGUGUGACAUUUUAUCAGCAUGUGACAACUAAACAUGGAAUUCAUCCUGUUGUGCUUAAUGGUCAGACUUUGUAAUUUACUUUUCACAUCACCAGCUCUUCUUCAGGAUUUAUUUGGUUUACUUGUGAAAAGACAUGGCUGUAAACCUGAAGAAAAACACCUUCAAGAUCCCAUAAUACUGGAUUGUACAUUCCCACCGAGACCUUUCUCCAGGUGCUGUGCAGGUGUUGGUAUUUUUUCAGGGAAUAAAUUAUUCUAAAGCAUUUUGUAAGAUUCCUGUAUGAUAGGGUGAAUAUAGAAAGGUUAAACAAAUAUUGAAUAUAUUUUUCUACCUUUUUAUAAAAUUAGUUGAAAUUUUUGAGUGGAGCUGUGUUCCUACUACCAAUAAAAUGAUAUGUAGGGAGCAUUAGAAAGCUGAUAGUCAAGUGCACAAAAACAAAGUGUGUUUGACUCUUACACUUCUCUUACAGUACCAAUACCUUUUCUUAGGUAGUAUUUACAUAUUUCAUAUUACUGGCAAUCUGAAGCAGAGGGUACAAUAAGAAAAUUUAAAAUAAAUACAUUUUAUACAAAAUAAUGCUAUUUGAACUGUCUGGAAGUUUUCUUAUCAGUUGUUUUCUUUGUUUUGUUAUCUGAGUUUGACAUAGGUAAUAAAUAUUGUGGGAAAAAAAUAGAGUUGAAUACUGUAUUGUCUACUACAACAAACGAGAAAAUUCACAGAGUGGGAAAUUUGCACUAAUCAAAUCAUCAGGUUUGAUGGGAAACUGAAUCAACCAGUAUGCAGAUGAUCUCCCUCAGUUUUUAAUCUCAAUAAUACUAAAAUAUCAUCUUGCAAACUGAAGAAACCCUGGGUUUUUAAGGAUUUCUUUAACAUUUCCAUAUAAUGUGUUGAAAAUCACAUACAAGUGAUACCUAAACAAGAAGGGUUACAAUUUGUUAUAUUCCUGUUUAAAUGUUUUUACUGUUCCAUUGGAGACAACCAGUGGUGUAUUUGUAAAGGUUCAUUGUUCUGCCACUUAAUGACAGACAGGAUGAAGCUCUUGUUCAGGGUUUUUUUGGGGAAGCAGUAUUUGGUAAUUUUAUAUUAUGGUCUGUUGUCAAUAAUGCAGUUUUACCAAAGGAGUUGAGAUGUUGAAACAAUGUGGUGUGUUACAUGUUCAGCACUUUGAUAUUGGAAAUCCUUGCCAUGCACCCCUUGCAGCAAGGAGCUGCACAAACAUCUGCCAUAUGAAAAUGAAAUAAUACAGAUUUUUAAAGAGUGAGAUGGAAUCAGUCUUAAGGAUACUAAGUUUGGAAUAGGUGGAGAGGUUUAUUCCUCUUUGUUUGCUGAUUUAGGGAAAGGAGGAAACAAUUUCUAUGUGACCACCAGCAUGAGAAUACUUCUCUUGUAUUCUAAUACUGGAACAUGAUUCAGUUGAAUUUUUCUCAGGAUUUGGUCAUUUUCCCUUCAGACAACACAAUACUAAGUGGAGGGGAGGUUGCACAAAAAUGUGUAUGUGCAAUCUCAACUUUACUAACACUAGCUGUUACCACUUAAGUUUUUGGCUUAAAGGCUCUACUUUUGCAGACUUACUUUUUUACAGCUCCAAUUUCUAGGAAUGUAUUACACUUUUGUUUUCCCUCUUUCCUAAAAUAAAUCAUGGAAGUCUUUAUUAAAAAGAAAGCUAAAUACUGCUGUGGUAACAAAUUUGAGAAACUAAAGUGUUGAUGCUUAUAUAUGAACUGUGUGUUCUGUGUGUUGUGUGUGUGGACAUAUGUAUCAUUUUUGAUUAUUGCUUUUAAAAUAAAUUUUACCAGUAUGUGACCAAAGUACUCAAAAAUGUUUUAUAAGUUUUUGUUUUAUUAAUAUGCUUUGUAAUUAUUUACUAUGCUGGUUUUUUUUUUUCAGUAAUUUAUACUGCUAUGACUUUUUAUUUGCUGAAGAUGACAUUUAUGUAUAGAAUAAAACUAAUGCAAA